CUCCGGUGGAUUUGACGAAGUUUUCUGUCACAACGAAGGCAAGUAUGCUCAGAAAGUCCCACUCAGGUUGUCGCGAUUGCAGACGGCGCAAGGUGAAGUGUGAUGAAUCCAAGCCCGUUUGUUCAAAUUGUCGCCGCAGAUAUAUCGGCAUUCAACGCUGUGAUUGGAGCGCCGAAACACAUCGAAAAGGUGUACACGUCGCAGCGAGUGCUCCUCAAAAGCAAAUACGCGGAAACGUGAGAAUGAAAAGUGUCACAUCAUAUUCUGGUGAGCCUUCUCCCUUAUCCUUGCCCCUUCAUGCGGGGCUGGAUGGGAGCGACGGCCAGUGGCGAGCAUUAGAGCUCUGUUUAAUGCACCACUACACCACGGUAGUCUGCCUCACAAUGCCGCAUAGUGUAACUGCCGACACACAGAUGUGGCAGCAGAUCAUACCACAGUUGUCAUUCGAGUCGGAAACCGUCUUGAACCCGAUGCUUGCACUCUCUGCGCUUCACCGACACAUGUAUUUGCCAAAAGAUACUUUCGUGGCAAAAGCAUUGCAAAGGUACCUCGAUCGGGCACUUGUGCACCAUCGCCUAGAAUUGUCAUCCCGUAAUGAGCUUUCGCCCCAACUUUGGCUCUCUGCUAUUAUGCUCUCUCAUAUCUACUGGCUAAUCUCUCACCGACAGCACGAGAAUGAGGUAUAUGAUAUCCCUAUACAGGUUUUUAAGAUGUUAGAAGCAACGAAUCGCCUUUUUGCAAGCAAAAAAAGGGUGCUCAAACAACUAGGCUAUGGUUGGAUAGGGGACGGAGCUACGCCUGAGACUGUCUUAGAGGAACGGUUACCCGUCGCCGCCCAAGAGCAAUUACGAGCAGUUCAAAUAGAACUCACGCAGCUUUUGGAUGCAUUCAAUGUCAUUGAGAUGCAGGAUGAUGAAAGAAGCAUUUUGAUGCAAGCUAAAGACUAUGUGUUUAAAUGCUAUCAAGCUUACUACUCUGGCGCAACUGUAGCAGUCCUGCGGCCUUUUGUUGGUUUCAUGCCUAUCAAUUGCUCCUCUGAGUAUCUUGAGAUGCUUGGGAGGCACGAUCCACUAGCAAUGGCGCUGAUGAGUAGGGCGCUAGUCUUGUUGAAAGAACUCGAUCAUGUUUGGUGGUUGAAUGGAUUUGGUGCAUUUGAGGUUGUGCAACAAGACGUGCGAGGCAUUCGCCGUCUGAUGCCAACAAAUUUGCGGUGGACCAUGGAUUGGCCAUGUAAGGUUUUAGAUGGAGAAGUGGUCCUAAAGGUUUAGAUGAUAUCCUCGGGCACGCUUUUCCUUAGGACACGCUUAUCCUUGAAUAACUCUUUUCAUCGUUGGGGCAAGGAAGCAACAAUCUCCCGUUCUGAAUAACCU